GAGGCGUGGUACAGGGGGCGUGGUUAUACGUACGUACGUACUCUCUCAGGCACGUGGAGCGCGAAGAGUCGAGAUGCAGCAUGAGAUUUUUCUGGCCCUAGCAGGAUGCCCUGGGAGCACCUUUACUGUUUCUAGGGAGUCAGGAUUGUUCGAAGUAAUCACAGAUCUACCAUUCAUUCAUCCUAGUGAAGUUGCUAUACUGAACAGACUAUCUGGUCUUGGGACAUACUACAAGCAGCUAAAUGACUUCACGAAACAACAGACAACUUUCUGCACUGCACUUGACCUUAUAAAAGAUGAAGGGAACCUCUACCACAAAGCGAUGGCAUAUGGGUUUGAUAAGGUUCUUGAUUCAUACAGAAAGAAGCUAGUGGAUGUGGAGCAAAAGGUACAGUACGGGUUUAACACAUACUUCCAACGCAGCCAACACAGUUACAUGUCUCUGCACAUAACUUUUUAAGAGGCUUUAUACUGCGUAUUACGCACAUUGUUGCACAUGUAGUUAGCGUGCUGUCUUAAAAUUAUUCGCUCCCGCAAAAGUGCACAAUAAUAAUACUCAGGUCGCAGCGAUAGCACUAGGGCUCAAAGUCUUUGUGUGACCAUUCCAAUUUAGACUGUAAUGUUUUUUCGGUUUAUCGGCCCUCUCCUAACGCAGGUAUAUAAACUCCAAAGGGUGUAAUCACAUAUAAUGCAUACUGUGAAGUUUAGUCAUUUUUUAAAUGUGUUGAAUACAUGAUUUUUUAGUGUAUGAUGCAGCCAGAUCUUCCUAUUUCUCAUAUUCAACAUGAGUUUGAGGAUUUUCAGCUGUUACUGCCUGCUCUUGAUUCGUGUUUGAAGUAUGUGCACAACCACAAGG